CACACAAACACAAACACACACAGAAAACCUGACUUCUUGGUAAGGAUGAGGAAAGAAUUUAUAAAUAUCCUGCAGCACGCCAGCCAGCGCGGUUUGCCUGCACACUGCAAGGCAUACUUAGUGACAUCCAGGGGAUUGCUUGUAGUGCUUUAGAGGAUUCUCAGCAACUUCAUGAAUAACAGAGUCAAACAUAUCCUAAAAUAUGUUUGCGCCGCAGCCACGUUGUGUCUGGUUGUCGUGGUGGUGUGCCCUAUUUUUAGCGCUAGUGUCAAUGACCAUCAACAAUGGCUGAACAUCACCUUGCCAGGUAGUGCAUCUUGCCGCGCACUCUUCACCGUCACGGACGUUCCCCAGCGUUACGCGCCCAACGCCAGCCUCUUCGUACACAACCGUUAUGGAUAUGUGUCUGCUGACAAGCUGAGUGUAGACUGGAGAGCUCGGCAACACCCUGACACUUGUGGCGGCAACGACGUGGCCGGGGCAGUACAGCAGCUGCUCCUGAAGAGAGACUCUCCGUCAGGAGCGGCCACGACCGAUUACUCCCCGCUGGCGGCCGUCCUUCCCUCCGUGCUGGCCUUCCAGGGCGAGGGCGAGGCCAGCGCCCCGACAGUCACCGCCACCACCAGGAUCGGCGCCGCCGGCGGCCUGCUGCCCUACGUGCCGUGUGAAAUAGCGACCUACGCUGACCCAGCCUCGGUGGCCGCCUGCUUCAGGGCCAGACUGGCUCACCAGGACACCCUCUGGAUCUUCUUCAUGGGAGACUCAAAAAUAAGAUACUUAUUUUUCGAGUUUCUCGCAAGAAGUGACGACGAACUUCACUACUUGGUCAAACUUCCGAACGCUGCCACGCCCUUCGCCACGAUGGAGAGAGAACGUGUGAAGCUCAAAGUGGACAUGGAAGCAUCGAGCACAUUGCUCCCUGGACUCCUUGUCUCCUUCCAGUUCAGAACGUUCAGCGAGCAGCAAGUGAGCAAGAUGCGAGGCAGCGCGGAGGUGAAGCAGCUGGCGCGGUGGGCGGCAGGUCAGGAAACACCUCCGCACCUUCUGGUGUUGGGUUACGCUGCGUGGGCCACCAGGAAGAUGGAGGCGUACUUGUGCGACGCCUUGAGCUUCCUGGCUGACAUGCACCAGAUCGUGGCGACUCUCCUCCAGCAGAUCAGUCAGAGAGCCCGGGUGGUUGUGACGUCUCAGAAUAGAUACAAAGUCAAAACAUCAGCAGCUCCUCAUGAGAGCAGCAUCCCUCUUGGAGACCCUACUUUUGAUUGGAGCGAGGCGAUGUUCCUGUACCAUGUGCGGCGAUAUUCACUGCACCGGCCACCGUCUCCAGCAUUUGGUACACGAGCCGGUAUCCCGAAGUUCCCGGCAAGGAUCAUAAAGGCACGACUUGACAACAACAGCCAACGCCACCGAGACCACCUGGUUCCCGAAGUGGAGGAGAGCAGAGUGUGGUGGUGGGACACGAGUCUGCCGCUGAGCCUGGCGGAGAACAGAGAGUGUGAGGAACUGUACCUCCGCGGCCUGACCAGCCAUCCAGUGUACAACAGCUCCUUCCACAGGUGCUACGAUGACAACCACGCGGGCACCGUCACCCUCGGAGACCAGGUCACCAUGUUGCUCAACCUGGCGUGCAACUCAGUGUUAGGGGCACGCGAGGGGGUGUGCUGUAGCUGACACGAGGGAGGCAACAGCGAUGCUUUGCGUAAUAAGAGUCACGAUAGUAAGACUGACUUGUUCUUAUUCAUGUUCU